UAUUCUCAUCUCAGAGAGUAGAUGGUUCCAGAAGAGAUGAUGUCGACUUCUCUCUCAUCCUCAUAUCUCAUCUUCUCUGGAUCCCGAAGCACCAUCUCUCUUUCUCCUCCCCCCACUAGAAAUGGCCUACGCCGCCGCCCGCCUCGUCGUAUCCUUCCAAACCUUCGACUCUGACAUGUCCACCGACAAGGACGCUGUCCUCUUGCCCUCCGUCAUGAAGGCUCCGAAUCUCCGAUCCGGCCCGACGUCGUCGCCCACGUUCACUUCCUGGCCUCCAAGAACAGCCGCCAUCCCUGCGCCGUGUCCACAAAAUCCGGCCACCAGACUUCCGCCGUUUGGGGCACCGGCCAAGACCUGGUGCAGGUGGCACAGGAAGGUACCCGCAAGCUUAAGAGGAGACGAUAUUGUACAAGGGAAUAAGAAGCUCCUACUUGCACUAUGGUGAUUCAGUCUCCGUUUUCGCUGGACUUUAGAAAGGCAUCCAACUGCUGCAGAUGGUAUUCAUGCCUUUUAUUAUGUUCCUACUGAUCAAGCUCAAAAAGUAAUAGUUGCAUUAUCAUACACGGGAGAAAAUGGUAGCAUCGUUUUAAAAGCAUGCAGCAGAUUCAUGCGCGACUAUACUGAUCAACUAGAAUUGGGGUUUUUUUUUGGCAGUGGACUUCAGAGAUCUCUUUGGUUGUUGGCCAAAUGCUUUUCUUUGCUUUAGUUACAACAUAACUGUUACUCCCUCCGUCCCGAUUUGUUUGUCCCCUUUUUGACUUUUUGAGAGCGUUUGACCUCUCAAAGAAUUGGCUAUAAUUUUCAAUUCGUAAUGUUUUUAAUAUGCAAUAUAGAUCUUGUUUGAUAGGUCUCAAUUAGUUUUAUUAUACAAAAUCUUCAAAAUCAUAAAAAACAUUAUAAAUAUAAGAUAUAAGUAUAUUUUUGAAAGACAUGUAUUUCGACAAUUGGACAAACAAAUUGGGACGGAGGGAGUAUCUUUUAGUGAUGGAAACUAUUUUUUUCCCUGGUGAACAGUAUGGGAGCUUUCAUUCUUAGUGUUGGCACCAAAGGUGUGCAUGUCUUCAAUUUCAAUCACUUUUAUAACCAUUGUGCAGUUUAUUUCUUGAAUUUGCUGACAUGUUUCUUUUUCUCACUGGAAACCAAAGAAAAAAGGUUUAGCCUACCAAUGUCGAGGAUAAUGAUCCAUCAGCCUAUGGGUGGACUUGAAGGUGGUGAUAUAAAGAUAUGGAGAUCCAGGUAUCUGUCCCGUUUCUUGAUGUUUUUCCUUUCUUCUCUGUUUAUUACACUUUUAGCUUUUGCGUAAUUGCAUUUCUGGUCACCGCUAACACAGGUGAGUCUGUAUACUUAUGUGUGUGGAGACGAUUGAGUGUUUUUUUAACAAUUGCAUUGCUAUGACCACAUAUAUUUGGAUGCGGAUUAAAAAAAGUGUUUGGAAUUGAUAGACUCACUUGAGCAUUUGCACUAGAUAUCUGAACCUCACACACAACAAACACAUCGAAAAAUUGAGUACACGUAUGUGUCGAGCCAUGUUCACAUAAAGUAUUUCUGUCCCCACAUUUUGUCUAACAUAUUUUCCCGUUUGCAAUUCUUUCUGCUGUAAAAUGUGGUAAAUUAAGUAAAAUGGAACAGUGGAAAAAGCUAAAAUUCAGUUGUUGUGUAAAUUUUAGACAUGAAAUAGACACAACUAAAAGUUGCUCCAACACGUAAAGAAACAAAAGGUUGAAUUUAAUGAGUUCGCUUUACUUUUAAGCAUCAGGAACUAUGUGCUGCAGAGAAGCAGUAGUUAAUUCCAAAUUACAUGAAUGAAAUCAACUUGAAAUGUGAGGUGGUGAAAUUUACUAAUUCGAUUGUGAUCCUUGUUAGAUUUAUAAACUAAUUCGAUUGUGAUCCGUGUUAGAUUUCAUCCUUGUCGCAGUGCUCGGGAAUCAUGACAUCAAGAGUUGUUGUCAUUGAUGGCAUCGAAAACUGGGAAAAAAAUUAUGAAUGGGUAUGAACACGUACUUAACUUGUUCUAUGUUUCGGUGAAACUGAUUAUGACAAAAAAAAUGCAUGCGAUGGGUAAUUUUUGGAGCAUAUGUGCUUAUUUUGUGCUUAUUUUGGGUUAAACUUUUCUUUAGAUGUAGUGUAAAAUACUCAACUAUUCUUUUGCCUAGGUCCACAGCAAAAACUAAGAAACUGCUUUUUCUUCCGUUGGUGUGUACUGAUAAUUACCAAUUUGUUGUAAUAUGCAAUCGAACUUGGUUCGAAGGAUUUUAUUCGUACGGAUGCAAUUAUGUGAUAAUAUAGGUAUAGCCAGGGUCUUAUUUAUUUGAUUCA